AUGUAUGUCUGUCUUUCUUCUCUAUGUAUGUCUUUUCUUACUUCCGUCUGUCUUUCUCGUGACUCUUUCAUCCUUCCCUCUGUUAGUCUUCUAAAUGUAUGUCUGUCUUUCUUCUCUAUGUAUGUCUUUUCUUCCUCUUUAUCUUCUAAAUGUAUGUCUGUCUUUCUUCUCUCUGUAUGUCUUUUCUUACUUCCGUCUGUCUUUCUCGUGACUCUCUUUCAUCCUUCCCUCUGUUAUCUUCUAAAUGUAUGUCUGUUUUUCUUCUCUAUGUAUGUCUUUCUUACUUCCGUCUGUCUUUCUUGUGACUCUCUUUCAUCCUUCCCUCUUCUUCUAAAUGUAUGUCUGUCUUUCUUCUCUAUGUAUGUCUUUCUUACUUCUGUCUGUCUUUCUCGUGACUCUCUUUCAUCCUUCCCUCUUCUUCUAAAUGUAUGUCUGUCUUUCUUCUCUAUGUAUGUCUUUCUUACUUCCGUCUGUCUUUCUUGUGACUCUCUUUCAUCCUUCCCUCUGUUAUCUUCUAAAUGUAUGUCUGUCUUUCUUCUCUAUGUCUGUCUUUCUUCUCUAUGUAUGUCUCUUUUUCUCCUGUUAUUCUUUCUUCCAUCUGUCUUUCUUCUAGCUCUCUUCCUUCCUUCUGUCUUCCUUUCUUCUCUAUGUAUGUCUGUCUUUCUUUUUCCUGCCUUCUUUCACCUGUCUCUUUGCUUACUGUCUUUCUUCCUUUCUUCGUUCUUUCUUCUCUACGUAUGUCUGUCGUCUCUCAUCUCUUGGUUGUCUGACUUUCUUCUGUCAACCUUCUUGCGUCUGACUUCCUUCCUUCUGUCUUUCUUCUCUGUGUAUAUCUAUCUUUUUUCUCAUUGUAUAUUUGUCUCUCUUCUGUCUGUCUGUCUGUCUGUCUUCAGUUUGUCUUUCUUCUGCUUCUCCAUCUCCCUUCUUUCUCACUUUCUUAUGUAUGAAGGUCAGUCUUUGUUUUUUCUUCUGCUUGUCUUCUUCUGGCUGACUUCCUUCCUUCAGUCAUUUUUCUCUAUGUAUGUCGGACAUUCAUCAGUUUUUGCUCCUUCCAUUUGUCUCUCUUCUAGCUCUCAUUCUUUCUUCCUUCUCUCUUUCUUCACUAUGUAUGUUUGUCUUUCUUCUCUAUGUAUAUCUAUAUUUCUUAUGUCAGUCCUUCUUCCGUCUGUCUUUCUUUUGACUCUCUUCCUUCCUUCUUUCCUUUCUUCCAUCUUUCUUUCUGUCUUUCUUCUCUAUGUAUGUCUGUAUUUCUCCUGUCUGUAUUUCUUCUUUUUCUAUUCUUCCUUCCUUGUAUCUUUCUUUUGUAUGGAUAUCUGUCUUUCUUCUGUCUCUCUUUCUUCCAUUUGUUUUUCUUCUGGGUGUCUUUCUACCGUCUGUCUUUCUUCUGCAUGUCUUACUUCCUUCCUUUUGCCUUACUUCUCUAUGUAUAUGUCAUUCUUGCUUCAUUCUGUUUUCCUUCUCUACGUAUGUCUGUUUUUCUUCUGUUUGUCUUUCUACCAUCUGUCUAACUUCUGGUUGUCUUUCGUCCUUCAUUCUAUCUUUCUUUUCUAUGUCUGUCUAUCUUUCUUCUGUCUCUCUUUUUCUGGCUCUUUCUUCUGGAUGUCUUCCUUCCUUCCUUCCUUCCUUCUGUCUUCCUUCACUAUGUAUGUCUGUUUUUCUUCUGUUUGUCUUUCUACCAUCUGCCUAACUUCUGGUUGUCUGUCUUCCUUCAUUCUAUCUUUCUUUUCUAUGUCUGUCUGUUUUUUUUCUGUCUCUCUUUAUCUGGCUCUUUCUUCUGAAUGUCUUUCUUCCUUCCUUCUUUCUUUCUUCUCUAUGUAUGUCUACCUUUCUUCUGUCUAUCUAUCUGUCUUUCUUCUAGCAAUCUUCCUUCUAUCAAACUUUCUUCUCUAUGUAUGUCUGUCUUCCAUCUUUAUGUCAAUCUUCUCUACAUGUUUCUGUCUUUCUUUUCUAUGUUUGUCUGUCUUUCUCCUGGCUCUCUGCCUUCCUUCCUGCUUUCUUUCUUAUUUAUGGAUGCCUGCUUUUCUUCUGUCCAUCUUUUUUCCAUCUGUCUUUCUUCUGACUGUCUUCCUUUCUUUCUUCUCUCUUUCUUAUCUAUGUUUAUCUCUCUUUUUUUUCUCUAUGUAUGUCUUUCUGUCUUCUGUCUUUUUUUUUCUUUUGUUUGUCAUUUUUUCUGGCUUCAGAGUCCCCAGCUUGCAGACCGCAUCAGCAUGCAAUCAGCAAUGCAGACCACCAUUAGACAAAUCAUGCCAAGCGGCAUAA